GUUUGAGAAGGUAGGCACAAGCAGAAUAUCCUAAAUUAGAUUCUUAAUAUGCAAUUUCCACUUGAUGAGUGUCAAAAUGGGGCAUUUCAUCCAAAAUGUCUUGUUUUACCUCCCAACUUUCUGCCACAUAGAGAGAAAAUGCAUGUGAGGAUCAUGAGAUGGACACGGAGGCCAGCGACCUGCUCAACGACCUGCAGGUUCGGCUCAACAACGUUCUGGACGACCUCAGCAGCACGUUUGGGAACAGCUUCCAGAGCCGCAUCACCGACUGCAUGCGGCAGAUGGCGUCGCUGCUGUACCAGAUCAAAGGACCGCUCAACGAAAACACCAAGAACCAGGUGGAGGGCGACUCGGACAACAUGCUGCGGCCGCUCAUGGACUUCCUGGAUGCGCAAUUAACGCUGUUCGCCACGGUGUGUGAGAAAACCGUCCUGAAGCGCGUUCUGAAGGAGCUGUGGAGGAUCGUGAUGACCAGCCUGGAGAAGAACAUCGUCCUGCCGCAAGGGAACGACACCUUGGGAGCACAGAUCCUUUCUGCUGCUAAAGAACUGGGACACCUUUCCAAACUGAAGGUAUCAGGUUGCCUUUGAGUUUGCUUUCUCCUG